CUUACUUGCUUAAGUACAUAUAAGUUAUUAUAAUCUACAAGUGUGUACUUUCAUAUCGUGUGUUUUGUAAAAUAUCCGAUUACACAUGUUACAAACAUGAGCGUCUUUGGCACAGUUUCAUUUCUGUUAUAAAAAUGAAUUUAACAGUAACAUGAUAAAUGUGUUUACCUAUAAAAAUAUUCACUUCGUGCUCUACUAACCACGAACUACUUUACACUGGGUUGAUCCGAUAAACAUAACAUUAUGUUUCUUAACAAAACUAAUGUUAUGACCUCUAAUCAAGAGUAUGGAUAUCCCGUUUUUUGUUCAACUAUAGUAGCGUUUUCUGCAUUUAACAAAAUUGUUUCAUUGAUAAAUAUCCCGGCAUCAGUGGGAACCGAUCCUUGUACAUGGAGAAAUCUUAUUGUUUCUGGUAUACAUGGACUUAUAGCUGGUAUAUGGGGAUGCCUUUGUCUGUUAUUGUAUCCUGAAUUAAUUGAAGAUCCAUACACUGCCAGCAAUCCGUUUAUUUUCCACAUGGUUGUAUUUUGCUCAGGUUAUUUUGUGUACGAUUUUAUUGAUCAUUUUAUAAAUGGCAAAUCACUUCAAGAAUGGGAGGUAACGCUGCAUCAUAUUGCUUGUAUUGCUAUAUUUUGGCAUAACUGGCACACCAAGACUUUUAUUGGAUACUCAUGUAUAGCACUACUAACAGAGGGAAAUAGUUUCUUCUUGCAUUCAAGAAAAUUAUUGCGUAUAUGUAAAAUCGGAUAUGAAUCUAUUCUUUACCGUGUGUGUGUUGUAUUGAAUUUCGUCACUUUUAUUCUCUUCCGGGUGCUACCGAUAAUGAUAGUUCUUCAUGGAUGCUAUGUUACUUACUUUCGACAUCCCAAUCUUUUUGUUGUUUCCAUGACAACUCUUUGUGCGGUUAUUGUUGCCGUCGUGAAUUCUGUACUGUUAUGGAGAUUGUGCAAAACAGACAUUAUUAUACCUUAUUACAGACUUGUCAAUCCAAGAGAUAAACAACAACCAGAAAAUAACAAUAGUAAGAAGAUUAAUUGACCACCUAGUCAUCAAAAUGUUGGUAAUAAGAACGCAUGCCUUAAAAAAAUAUCAAGAUAUGAUUUACUGCAAAUUGUCAAAAAGUUAUAUUUUUUAAAAUUGUAUAUACAAACCAAAGCUGAAUAGGAACUAGUAUGAUCUAAUUUUUCCCGGAUUAAAAAAAUCUAUUAAAAAAAAGACUAUUUCUGCAACUGCUAAUACUAAAAAAAAAAUGGUAAUUACUGAUAUAUUAUGCAGGAAUUCAUUAUCAACAAUGCAAAGUUUGAUGUGUGUCCCUUAUAUUCUGUCUUACCAUUUAAGAGCUAUUGAAAUAAUAUUUUUAUGAGAAAUGUAUAUAUGCAUUUUAAUAUUUUUUAUAAACAUAUACAUCGUUUACCGUAUUUUACAAACAAUGUAACCGGUGCUUUUUAUUAAUAUGUAUACAUAUAGAUUUGUCAUUUAUUAGACUUGCUCAGGUUGUAAUAUAAUUUUCUGAAUGAUCGUUUUCCGUAUUAUUACUUGUAUCUUUUUUUUUAAAUUUUUAUAUAUCUGCUGUUUUCUUUAAAUCAAGCAAAUGACAUUUUUACAGAUUUACUAAACUGCCGCUAAAAUAGAUAUUAAAUUAUUCUUGCCAAAAUAAUACUCAAUUUAUUUUUUGCUAUUUGUACAAUUCUAUUUAUCGAAUUGUUUGAUGACUUAUCAUGAUUAAUAAAGAUUUAAAAUCUUAUGAGUAGUAAAACUACUUGCAUAGUUAUGUUACUAGAUGCAUAUAUAAAGUGUUGGAGUUUACACUAUUUUAUUAAUUUUCAUUAAUUUUACAAUUAUUGUAAUUCUUAUAUAUUAAAUUUUUAUUUUGAUGAUAACUGUGUAGUCAUGUAUUUUAUUUCGUUUGAAAUAGGGGUUUUCCCGUUUGCUAUUUGUAGUUUAUAUUUACAGAUGGGAACUAGUAUAACUAGUUCGGAUACUGGUUUUGUAACAGUAUGUACUAUUUAUAAGUUUGAUGUUAGGUGCAGGAUGCACGAGGAAAGUUUUGGCGGUUUUUAUGGGUGGGGUUUAAGGUUCAUCAUAACCUUUUGGCUAAAAUGGCCGUAUUUACACCCCAAAUUUUACUCUGAGUACAGACUAACCUAUACACCUGCAACAGUUUUAAGGGAUGGCAGGAACUAGAUAUAUAAAUUUUAAAUGCAUUUUAUGUUUCAGAAAAUUAUAAAAUUUUCUAGAUUUUUCUAUCCAAUUUUUUUUGUUCCUGCAGAAUGUGCAAAAAUUAACUAAGUAGUGAAAACGAUUGAGAAGCUCCCCUCAUAUAAUCAAUGUUGUGAGUAGUAUUGAUUUAAAUGGACAAUAGAUGGACAAUAUACACCUGUAAACAAUAGUUGUUUUAACAGGUUUAAACUGUGUAACUGAGUGGACCGUAUCAAAUGAACUCGGGUGUUUGUUUAUUUUUCUAUCUUCUGCAGACUGGAAAAAAAUGCACAUCAAAAUGCAGGUAAGUUUUUAAUUUUCUGAAACGUAGACUUAAUAUAACUUUUAUAUAUCUAGUUCCUGCCAUGCCUUAAAACUUUCCUGGAUGUACCAGUUUGUCUGUACUCAUAGUAAUUUUUGAGGUGUAACACGGCCAUAUUUUACAAUUCCUUAUGAUGAACCUUAAAGGUACUAUAUAAAGUUUGGGAUUUAAAUGUAUUAGUAUCGAAGGUGCUCGCAGUUACGUCGGAUUGAAGUUGGUCACAUAGGUAUAUGUGCAGUUGCUGCUAUGUUUAUUGUACGUACAGGCGUUGGAGGCAUUAGCCGGGGGAAAAGAAACGAUGCGAAAGAGGAACAAUGUUAUAUGUCAUGUGUUUAUAUAAUGUUUCGAUUGAAGAAAUAUGUACAAUUCAGUAAAAUAAAAUAUUGUAUCGCAAGAGAAAAUAAGAUGUUACUGCGAGCAACUAAUCCUAUAUCUGUGUUUGUCUUGUUUA